CCAAAACAAUCGCUUCACCACCGCCUUACAACACCGUCAAAAUGGGAGACUUCGAGGCUAUCGGAAAGCAGUUUGUCCAGUUUUACUACUCCACAUUCGACACCAAUCGGAGUGCUCUCUCCUCACUCUACCGCGACGAGUCGAUGCUUACCUUCGAGACGGACAAGAUCGCCGGUGUUGCCGCCAUUGUAGAAAAGCUUACGAAUCUUCCCUUCCAGAAGGUUGAACACAAGACCGACAGCGUUGACGCCCAACCCGCGGACGCUGAGGGUGGCAUCUUGGUCUUGGUCACCGGCGCACUACUGACGGAAGGCCAAGAACGACCAAUGAGUUUCGUCCAGACGUUCCACCUCAAGCAGGCUGGCGGCAGCUACUUCGUAUUCAACGACAUCUUCCGUCUCGUCUAUCCUGCGGCAUAAGCAGUGGUCAUCUGCGCCUAGGCGGACCCUAUCCCGCCAAGCUCGAGUCUGGCUGCGACGUCGGUAGCGGGCAUGUAUGGAGUAAGGAGCCCAUAUAUAGGAGAGGGUGC